AUGCCGCUCGUCAAGGCUGCUGUUGAGGUCAAUGAGGACACCCGGAUCUUGGGAUAUGACCCUCUCCUCUCCCCCCAGUUUCUCCAGAAUGAAAUCCGUGCUCCAGCACUAGCCAUCAAAACUGUUAAACACAGUCGCGAACAGGUCGUUGAAAUCAUUGAGCAACGGGAUGACCGUCUUCUGGUUGUCUGUGGGCCCUGCUCCAUCCACGACCCAGACAGUGCCCUAGAAUAUGGUAGACGACUGAAGACUCUCUCCGACAAGCUCAAGUCGGACCUCUGUAUCAUCAUGCGUGCCUACUUGGAGAAGCCCCGCACCACUGUAGGCUGGAAGGGCCUCAUUAACGACCCAGAUAUUGAUGAAUCCUACAAUAUUAACAAGGGCCUGCGUAUCUCGAGAAAACUCUACGCUGACCUCAAUGGAAUGGGUAUGCCCAUCGCCAGCGAAAUGCUGGACACAGUCUCUCCCCAGUACCUCGCAGACCUCAUCUCCCUGGGUGCCAUUGGCGCCCGAACAACCGAAUCCCAGCUCCACCGGGAGCUUGCUUCAGGUCUCAGCUUCCCCAUUGGCUACAAGAAUGGCACAGACGGGAAUCUCGGGGUCGCUAUAGACGCCAUUGGGGCAGCUGCACACCCACACCACUUCCUAGGCGUCACAAAACAGGGACUGGCCGCCAUCACCAAGACGAGCGGCAAUGAGCAUGGCUUCGUGAUCCUCCGUGGCGGCACGAAGAGUACCAACUACGACCCAGAGAGCAUUCAAGCUGCCCGCCAAGACCUGCGCAAGACGAAGCAACGCGAAAUCGUUAUGGUGGAUUGCUCGCAUGGCAACUCGAACAAGAACCAUCUCAAUCAGCCAAAAGUCGUAAACAGUGUUGCGGACCAGCUGCGGAGUGGCGAGAAGAGCAUCAUUGGCGUCAUGAUCGAGUCGAACAUCUACGAAGGUAACCAGAAGGUGCCGCCUGAGGGACCAUCGGGUCUCGUCAAGGGUGUUAGCAUAACUGAUGCCUGCAUCAAUUGGGAAAUGACCGUCAGCGUGCUCGAGAAUCUUGCUGAGGCUGUUCGUGUUCGUAGGUCUGUUCAUGGUGCAAAGCAAAAUGAAACCACGACUAAUUGUACGAAUGGUACGAAUGGAAUCACUAACGGUCAUGUCAAUGGGUCCGCUUAA